GUCAGAGAGCGGAGCAGUAGAGUGAGUGUGGAUGUGCAUGUGCGUCGCUCCGGUUGAGGUGGGUGGAGAAGUUUGCCCAAAGACGAGCGUGGAUCCCUGAGAGAGAGACAGAGAGAGAGGGAGAGAGAAAGAGAGAGACGAUGCCUUCCUCCUCUAACACACUCCCACACGCUGCUCUGUGGAUUUGCUGAUUGCCAACAUUGUUUUUCUUUUUUUGUUUUUUUCUUCUUCUUUUUAUUUCUCCUGCAAAAAGAAAGGAUUGAUUUUGAGCCAGAGGAUGCCCCCACAGGUCAUUCGGAUUCUCUAUGUCUUGUCUUUCUGCUUUUUCCAAGGAGGCUUUAUCAGACUGAGCUCCUGUAAGGAGGAGAUAAAGCCCCCCACUGGGGCAGGACCACAGCUGUCACCGUCUGACUUCCUGGACAAGCUCAUGGGAAAAACGUCAGGAUAUGAUGCCCGCAUCAGACCAUAUUUCAAAGGUCCACCUGUGAAUGUCACCUGUAAUAUCUUCAUCAACAGCUUUGGGUCCAUUACAGAAACUACAAUGGACUACAGGCUCAAUGUAUUUCUGCGGCAAAAAUGGAACGACCCUCGUCUGGCGUAUAGGGAAUACCCGGACGAUUCCCUUGAUCUGGAUCCAUCCAUGUUGGACUCCAUCUGGAAGCCCGAUUUGUUCUUUGCGAACGAGAAAGGAGCCAAUUUCCACGAGGUCACCACUGAUAACAAGCUGCUGCGGAUUUUCAACGACGGCAGCGUUCUCUAUAGCAUCAGGCUGACUCUUACCCUGUCCUGCCCUAUGGACUUGAAGAAUUUCCCAAUGGACAUUCAGACCUGUACCAUGCAGCUUGAAAGCUUCGGUUACACCAUGAAUGACUUGAUCUUUGAGUGGCUGUCUGAGAACCCGGUUCAGGUGGCUGAAGAUCUCACCCUCCCACAGUUUGUGCUGAAAGACGAGAUGGAUUUGGGCUACUGCACCAAGUAUUAUAACACAGGUAAAUUCACCUGCAUUGAGGUGAAGUUUCAUCUGGAGCGUCAAAUGGGCUACUACUUGAUCCAGAUGUACAUCCCUUCCCUGCUCAUCGUCAUCCUCUCGUGGGUUUCUUUCUGGAUAAACAUGGACGCUGCACCUGCCAGAGUGGGUCUGGGCAUCACCACGGUGCUGACCAUGACCACGCAGAGCUCUGGUUCAAGAGCCUCACUGCCCAAGGUGUCCUAUGUGAAGGCCAUUGACAUUUGGAUGGCGGUGUGUCUUCUGUUUGUGUUUGCCGCUCUGCUGGAGUACGCAGCAGUUAACUUUGUCUCAAGGCAACACAAGGAGUUCAUCAGGCUGAGGAAAAAGCAGCGGCAGCAAAGGAUAGAGGACGAACUGAUGAGGGAGAGCCGAGGUUUUUACUUCCGGGGUUAUGGACUGGGUCACUGCCUGCAGAAGGACGGUGUCGCCGUGGAGGGGGCCACUGUCUUCACGCCGCCACCCGUGGUUACCGAGUGCAACGAAGACACAAUUCACAAGCGUUUCGUGGACCGGGCCAAGCGCAUUGACACUGUAUCCAGAGCAGUCUUUCCCUUGAGUUUUCUCAUAUUCAACAUCUUCUACUGGAUCACCUUCAAAGUGCUGCGACACGAGGACGUCCAUGCAAAUUUGUAAAAACGCUCUCUGCCGACCCCAGAUGCUUCAUUUUUUUUUUCUUCUUCAGAACCAAAACUGCCUGUCAGAUCUACAUUACAGUGUCGAGAGGUAGAUCUGCUUUUUUCCAACUACUACUUAAAAAAAACAAAACAACAACUUUGUGCUCAGGUGCGUCAUCAGGAUCUCGGACAGAGUGAUAACGAGGAAAGUCAAAGUGAAGCUGCGUGGAUUCAGGCCAGUGUGCUUGUCUCUCUCUGUCAACUGGUGAUAAUUGUGAAUGUUUGCUUGAACGUUUAGAGAAGUUAAUGUUGAUCCUGGCGGAAUGAGAUAUACUGACUUGAAUUUUGACACUGCGCAUCUCUGAAUGAAUGUUUUUGAGAAUAAAAAAGAAAAAGUUUUUAUUAAAAAAAAACAUAUUUAGAUUAUCAAUGGGUAUAAUAGAUGUGGGGAAGGAAAAGGGUCUUUGGUAUUUAUGAUUAUUCAAUAGGUGGUGAUGAUUACAUUUAGCUACUUGUAACAAGAGAUUAUAUAUAUAUGUAUAAGUGUAUAAAGUGUAUAUACACAAAGCUGUUCAUUAAACUGCACAAAGCACAAAUAUGUACUUCUUAUUGUCUAAAUUUAAAUAAAUUGUUAUUCUGCCAGGAAAUCAUUUUUGUUCCUGUUUAACUUGGAGAUGUGAUUGAUUACUUUGAAAAACAACGUCGCAAAAAGAAAUGUGUUUUUCUGUGUAUUGGUAAUUUAGUCACAGACGAAAUGCGUCACGCACAUGAUGUUUUCUUCAUUGGAGUUCUGUAAUAGAGCCCAUCCCCAAGGAGUCAAUGAAAAAAAAACCUUAAACCGAAGGUGGAAAUCAAAUUCCAUCCUCGCAAACGCUGCAGAUGUAAAAUAAGUAAUCACAUCAGUGGCUCCAUCUCUUUUUGUCAAUAAUGGCCGUAAUUGUUAGCUGUGGAAUCACAUACACUUGCAUAAUCAGUCAGGGUGGACUUGUGGGCAAAGUUGUUGAAGAAAUUGCAAGAUCUUGUUGUUCCUCAGUCUCUGGAGAGUGACUCUGAAGGUUUGGAAAUGUGGGGAUGCAGUGGAGUGGGAGCAAGGAGUUUGUUUGUUUGUUUUUCUAAAUAGAAAAUCAGAGGGUGGUUUUAUGAACUAAUGAGUCUGCAAACCACUUGGUUUUCCAAUUCUAAUGGCAAUUAAUUCAAAUGCACACACAGUAUAUUGUAACAUUCUGAGUAGUCUUGUGUUUCCUGUGUCUGUUUCACGUUUUAUUUUGAAACAAUUUCCAUUGCCUUUCGUUUCAGAGUCUGCUUCCUGUAAAGUUUCUCU